UAAGAGAAAAAGUGGGAUAUGAUCUCCUACCUAUUGCACACUUUUUCUUUCGCCAAUUAAGCCACUUCCAACACUCAAACAAACCUAUUAAUAAUUCUCAGAAAUCAGAGAAAGACCCACGUUUGUCUACUCCAAUCUCUCUUUAUUUCUCAGUGUCUCAGCACAGCAUUUCAUUCUGAAAUCUCUCUGUAUCUCUCCCCCUCUCUCUCUCUGAUGAAUAAAUUCAAUCUAUAGGAUUUGAAAACCAAUCGUAUUUGAUCUUUGUUCUAUAAACCAGUCUGUCUCGCUUAACGAAACUGACCUAGCAUUAGCAACUAGCAAGGAAAGCAGUUGAGAACAUGGUUCAAGUCAACUGCGCAUUAUCCUUGACUUUUAUAUUCCUUACAUGCAAGACCUUUGCUUCAUUUCUUUCACACUCUUUGCCUUUUUGAAUAUUUUAACUCAACAUUUUGAUCUUUCCCACUAGAGAAACAAUACACAGGUUUCAAAAUUUGUUCUUGAGCCUCAAAUAUGUCUAAGAGUACCCCAUCUGAACCAGACCCCGAAGCCAAGCCUAUCUUUGAAGUUUUUAAUAAAUUUAAAUGCUUGAGACACUGUGAGCAGUCUGUGGGUUUUCUGGUGUUCUUUUAUGUUAGUGUCUGUGUGAUUUGUGGAUUUUUCUACUUGGAUUAUAGCAGAGCUGCAGCUGAAAGGUUUUUAUUUCCGGGCCAUUCAGAGAGGUUCAUGUCUAAGGGGGCCAAUAAGGACAAAGGGGUUGAAUUUUUUGGAGAAAAGGGUGGAGAGUGUGAUUUAUUUGAAGGGAAUUGGGUGUGGGAUGAGAAUUAUCCAUUGUAUCAGUCCAAAGAUUGCAGUCUUUUAGAGAAUGGAUUUCGGUGUUCUGAGAAUGGGAGACCAGACUUGUCAUACGCCAAGUGGAGAUGGCAACCCAAAAAUUGCAACAUGCCCAGAUUUGAUGCAAAAUUGAUGUUGGAAAAACUGAGAAACAAACGGUUAGUUUUUGCUGGUGACUCAAUUGGGAGAAACCAAUGGGAGUCCCUUCUUUGCAUGCUCUCCUCUGCAAUUCCCAACAAAGAUUCAAUCUAUGAAGUGAAUGGCAACCCAAUUACAAAGCACAUGUUGUUCUUAGUCUUCAAGUUUGAGGACUACAACUGCACAGUGGAGUACUACUGGUCUCCAUUUCUUGUAUUGCAAAGCCGGGCCCUUUCAGGAGCUCCACAAAAAGUGAGGACAACCUUGAAAUUGGAUCAAAUGGAUUGGAGCUCUAAGAAGUGGAGAGAUGCAGAUGUGCUGGUCUUAAACACUGGGCAUUGGUGGAGUUAUGGGAAGACCAUAAGACGGGGUUGUUACUUUCAGGAAGGUACAGAGGUGAAAAUGGAUAUGAAAGUAGAACAUGCAUAUCAGAGAUCAAUAGAGACUGUGGCAAACUGGAUACAAACCGAACUAAAUUCUAGCAAGACCCAAAUUUUCUUUCGCACAUACUCACCAUUACAUUUCAGAGGAGGGGAUUGGAUGACUGGUGGAAAAUGUCACUUGGAGACACUCCCAGAACUGGGAUCCUCAUUGUCACCUUCUGAUUCUUGGGAUAUAGUCAAAAUAGCCAAUUCUGUAUUAUCAGCUCACUUGAACACGUCAGAAGCACUGAAAGUUGAGGUAUUGAAUAUAACCCAUAUGACUGCACAGAGGAGAGAUGGACAUUCAUCUAUAUAUUAUCAAGAUCCUAAGAAAGGCCCUGCACCUCUCCAUCGCCAGGAUUGCAGUCAUUGGUGUCUGCCUGGAGUUCCGGAUACAUGGAAUGAACUCCUCUAUGCGUUAUUCCUUAAGCAUGUGAUGACUAGCUCCUGUAACUCAUCAAGGUUUUAGGUGCAAGUAUGAUUGAUGAAGAAAGCCUCUUAUUUAUAUGCCAACAAGAUGAAGUGGACAUUUAUGCAUAGGGUAUUCAAAUUCCUGAAAAACUAUUAAAGGAAAGAAAAGAUACUUUGACAGUUGGAAGAGUUUUGCAGCAAGGUUAAUUUGAAAGCCAGUCUUAGUUCUUGAUAUUGAUAGAGAGAUCAGACAAUGAGAAUAUUGGAUUUUAAAUAAAGAAGCACAGUUCAAGAAUUUUUGGAAUAAAGACACGACAUUAUAGAGAAACACUCACACAUGGGGGCAUUUUAUUGUAAUUACUAAAGAUGGUGUACAAUUCUUUGGGGGAAAAUAAUUUAAUUAACAAAGUUAUGUAU